CACCAAUGACGCAAAUGUGCUCUUACCUGCACUCAACGAGUUCCAAACGGCCCUAGACGAAGACCUUCCAUCUGGUCUCAUCACUGCUUUAGAGGAAUUCCGCACGAAGCUUGAAACUGUUAAGCACGUUUCUUUCUCUGAAGUUGACUCCUUCGUAUUGGUGCAAGUCAACAUAAAGUCAGGCCCUCUGUUCCUGAUUCCAGAGAAGAGGGCUUUAGCGGAAGAACAGGGAUCGGCAGAAAUUGGGAGCAAGGCACUCUCAAUGGAGGUUUUGAAAGAGCUCAUAGAGUUGGUUCGAAAGCAUGUGUCUGUUGUAACUGAGGCCAGGUGCAGAGUUCUGAUAAAUCUCAUAUUGCUCCGUGUUGCCUCCGCCAUGUCUACUGAUCAGAUGGAUGUCAAUAUCAUACCCGAAUAUCCUAUUCUAGGGGUACCGUGGUUCGGUUCGGUUCGGUUCAGAGGUAGAAUCCCGCGAACCUGAACCCGAACCGGUUCGAAAAGAGGAUGGGAAGGCCGAACCUGAACCGAACUUUGGUUCGAACCGAACCAUGGUUCAACAACAGUUUGGUUCGGGUUCGAACCGGUUCAAACAGACACCUAUAAUGAGAUGUAUUUACAGCGGAAUUAAUAUAUUGC